CCCACGCAUCGCCUACUUAAACGGCCCGCUGUUCCUUUUCUCUGCUACUCCAGUUGCCUUCGUCCUCAAACUAAUCGACGGCUGUUUCUUUUUGGUCUCUGCAAUCUUCUCCGGUUCUUUCUCAGUUCCUAUCACUUGUCAAUCGCAGGAAGAUGGGUAGUUCCGGCGCGAACACAUUUAAGCUGGCGGAUCAUCCGAAGCUGCCGAAGGGGAAGACGAUAGCCCUGAUUGUUUUGGAUGGAUGGGGUGAGGCU